AUGGCCGACAUGGUGGAAACGAUCGGUAUACCGAUGACUAGGAGCGGCCGUGAUUCAAUGAUAGCGAUGUCAUGUCUAUGGCUGCUCUUUGCAACCACUGUUUUCUUUCGGUUUCGCGGUCGCAUGCGAGGACCUGGAUUAGCACUGGACGAUAUCUUCGCAGGCAUUGCACUGGUCCUAUCGACAAGUACCAUCGGAUUGAAUGCUGUAGUUUUCACGAUCGGAGUUGGUUAUGACUUGGAUAAGAACAAUGCUGAGAUGUUCCCUAAGCUGAUGCACAACCUUCCUGUUGUCAUGCAGAUAACGUUUGCCUUCACUUUGAUCUACAUCUGGUGUCUCGCAGCUCUCAAGCUUUCACAACUGGCUCUAUACCACCGCGUCUUCCAGCUCCAAUUGCGCCUUGCAGUCUAUAUCGUCGGCGGCAUAGUCGUCGCCUGGGCUAUCAUCUUCAACUUCGUCUUCAUCUUCCUUUGCGACCCUAUCUCGCAACAGUGGACCAUCGAACGAGUUGGACACUGUAUGGAUCAAAUGUUGCUGCUCAAGUGUCUGAUCUUGUCAAACAUGGCUACCGACCUCAUGAUCGUGGUAAUCCCAAUCCGCUGCGUGUGGCAAUUGCAAAUGCGAAAGACGGAAAAGCUUGCUGUACUGGCAUGUUUCGGCUUGGGUUUAGCCUGUGUGGUCAUUAGCAUCGCGCGUUUCAUCCUCAUAUAUACUAUUGAUCUUAUCGGCAACCUCACAGGUACAUCGGGAACGACCUUUAUGCUCUGCACUGUCGAGCUCAUGCUGGCCGGUCUCUGUAUCAACAUUCCCAUGUUACGCCCGUUCUACCUUCAGUGGCGCCAAAAGUACAAGAGCGCGUCAAUGAGCAAUACUGGAAGACUCAGUGCGAUCAAGAGGUCGAACACCGGUGGUCUGGGAUCGCAGCAAGCGAGGCCGGGUCACUACACUCAGUGGAUGGAGUUGCACGACAAAGACCAGACGAACAUCACUGUUACGGGCGACGACGCAAGUUCCGAACGAAAACUUACCUCAGAGCCACUGCCGUUCGAUGCCAUUCAGGUCUCUAAAGACUUUACAAUUACCAGAACUUGA